AACCCCAAAACCACCUUCUUCACAACUCUUAAACUCUCUCUCUCUCUCUCUCUCUCUCUAACCAGCCGAGCUAUAUACCAUGGCGAUCAUCAAAAAAUCAUUAUCAAACAAAGCAUUGCUAGUGCCUCAAACGGCAGCGCUGAAGCAAAUUCUCAAGAGGUGCUCGAGUUUCGGGAAGAAAAACAAUGGCUACAAUGAAAGUGGUCUCCCUGAUGAUAUUCCGAAAGGGCAUUUCGCUGUGUACGUAGGCGAAAACAGAAGCCGAUACAUAAUCCCUAUUUCGUGGUUGGGCAACCCGGAGUUUCAGAGCUUGCUGCAGAGGGCUGAGGAGGAGUUCGGGUUUAACCAUGUCAUGGGUUUGACGAUUCCUUGCGAAGAAGUCGUCUUUCGCUCCCUGAUAGAUCAGUAUUGCUGAGGUUAUUAUCUGUGGCAGCAAUGGUGGCUCUGAUCGUACUUGAGUGAUUGAUUAACUUGUUCAGUGUUAGUGAUUAAUUGUUUAAUAUUGAUUAAUUAAUGAUGCAUAUAUGACCAUGUAAGGAGUACUUUUUCUCGGUGUUGAUGAUGUAGUACUGUGUGUACGUUUUGUGUACCCUAAGAGAACUGAUUUGCAGAAAUGAAAGAAUUCAAGGGCAGCUCGGAGCUAUUCCCCUUUUUCAAAAUCAA